AUGGAAGAGCUGGAAAACGCAGAUAUUCAGCUCUCGGAUAUCGUAACGUCGGCGGACACGCAGAGACUUUUCGACACGCUCCAGUCGUCGGUUCAACUACAAUACAGCGGUCGUCCUUACAGUUUUGUAAGCUAUAUUUGGCUCUCAUUUUUUUGUUAUCCUUUUUAUAUUUUUACAAUGAAAAUUGUGGUUUUGUAGACGUUCCGAAAUUUCCCAAGUACCAUAAUUUUCGAGGAAAUAGAUACAACUUCUUCGCAAAUUGUUACUAUUUGAAGAAGAAUUAGCAGGAAAAACCUAGAUAUUUUUAGGACGUCUCUGCAUUGCAUAAUUACGAUGACCCACCGGUUUCCAUAAGGAAUCUGAACAAGAAAUACAAGUGAGCUAAAAAACAUUUUCAUUCUUAGUCAUUCGAGUAAUUUUUUCUACAAAAACUACUUCUUUCAGUCAGGCAAAUAAAUAUUUCGAUUUUCAAAAGUUCCAAAAAAAAUUUUCUUUCAAAAACUUCUCAUUUUUUCGCGGCUCUUUAUAUCAGUUUCAAGCUAAUUAUACUAGGUUGAAGACUUGACACGAAAAAAAACCUUUUGAGGCGUGAAAAAAGGUUUUCAAUCCAGUUCCAACCUUAAUUUCCUGCCAAGCAAUAAUAAUUUCGAUGAUUUCAGAGACGUCCUUUUUGAGGGAGACAUGGCGAUUCCACAAGCACAAAUGCAAAGAAUCGUGAAAGGCAGUGUCGAAGGCGAGAACCGUCGAAGACGCGAUUCUAGAGGUCGACGUCAGGCAAAUCUGGACGCCAACUACCCGACGACCAUCUGGGAGAAAGGCGUUCCCUUCGUUCUUCAUUCUUCUUUGAGUUAGUUGACCUUCAGAGGAAUAAGUGAAAUCGCGUCGUUUUCUCUUCCGACCAUCUUCUGAUUUCUCCUCCUCAAGGUUACGCUCGUAUUUCAUUCCGAACACCUAGACGAACGUCUGAUUUUUCUUCCGCCGACCUUGACGCUCAAAACACUUUGUCUGGUCAUUUGCUCUAACAUAAAUCCCAAUAAAGGCUUGAAUCCAGCAGUUUUAAUAGUUUCUAAAUAUGGAAAACCGUUUCAAUUGCUGAAAUUCCAGAUCCCAAGGCGCGGGACACAAUUCUGAGGGCAAUACAUUUUUGGUACCGGGAGACUUGUAUUGACUUUAAGCCGCGGACCACAGAGGAGGAAGUGAAUAUUCCGUUCGAAAACAUUCUCUAGGUCCACUAUAUUUCAGUACUUGUCUUUCAUCGGAAACGACGACGGCUGCUGGAGCACGGUGGGCAGAGAUGCUUCCCAAGGGAGACAGGUCGUGAGCAUCGGCCAAGGCUGCGAACACGUCAGUUUCCUCCCAACCAAAGAGAUUCUCAAUCAAAGAUUCUCAGCCAUGCAAAUCCUUUUGAUACUUUUCAAACUUGAUCGAAUUUUUUAAAAAUUUCAUCAUUAUUCAGAUUAUUGAGUAACGUUUAUCUCACAAUAUCUAUGAGACCUGGGGCAACGAGAACUUUGUCGGUCAGACCUAGGCUUAAAUUUUUGGAUUUACACUCACGUCAAACCAUUUCACAUAACAAAACAUCGGAAUACAUGUUCGUACCUUAUUCUGCGUAACGACUUUUGAAAAAAAGAAAAGAAAAGAAUUAUUUUCGCAAAAAAGAAAUCUAAGAAUCUUGAGGGGCCAAAAAGCUUUUUUGACGCCUCUACUCAAUCUUUGAUUGUUCUGAACUAGUUUACAACAAUGGGUUUUUAUAAACGUCAUGAGCGCCGGUAAUUUUCAUUUAUUGGUUCAAAAUCCAGUAUUAAAAAUUAAAAAUCGGAGAAUUCGUCUAUGGAUGCCACUCUUUUUGACGCUUUUCCCGAGCGUUUUUUUUCAGUUUGGCGUGACGUCACACGAGCUGGCUCAUGCUCUGGGAGUUUUCCACGAACAGUCGCGCUACGACCGCGACAACGCCGUCAUUUUCAACCCAAAUGUCGUCGAGAAGUCGCUGCUCUACAACUUCGCGAAAAUUUCUCCGACUGAGCUCUCCACUUAUGAUUUGCCUUACGACGUCGGGAGCGUCAUGCACUACACCCCCACUGAGUUCGUUCCCACCUUCCUAACGAACAUUUAUUUGAAAUUGCAAUUUUCUUUGGAACUGUUAUAGGUUCUCCGUUGUGAAGUCAGUGCCAGCGUUGACGACAGUCGACCCGAAUCUCCAACAAUCGAUGGGACAACUCGAAGGCCCCUCGUUUCUCGACGUCCUCAUUAUCAAUCAACAUUAUAAAUGUGCAGGUUUUAUCAAAAACAAGGGAAGAAGAAAGGAUUUUAAAUUUUUUAAAGGGUCCUUUUUUAAUUAUUUUUGUUCAGAGCGAUGUGCCAAAAAAGUUCCCUGCCAAAAUGGUGGCUUUGUAAACUCUCGGAACUGCAGAACAUGCAAGUUGACGUUUUGUUCGAGAACCAAAGCCCUAUCUAGAUCUUUCAGGUGUCCAUCCGGCUUCGGAGGAAAAUUUUGCGAUCAGGUUCCUUCGUCUUUCUCUCGGUCCUGUGGAGGAGUCAUAAACGUCGAACAGGUUUUUUUUGAAUUGAGCUUUUGUUAGUUAACCAGAAGCUGAAGUAAUGUGAGAAAUUCCCACAGACAACGAGAAAGUUUGAUAUCUCCAUUUCCCAGAAGUCUGAGAUCCGUUCAAAAGACUGCUUCUAUCACCUGAAAGUGAGUCGAGCCUUCGAACUUGUUUGAAAAAUACAUUCAAGGCGCCUCCAGGCAAACGAAUUCUUGUGAACUUGUUGAAAAUAAACGCCAAAUGCAUAGAGGGCUGCUGGAAAGACGGGGUCGAGUUCAAAAUGACCGAAGACUCCCGUCCAGUCGGCUACAGGCAAGUUUACACAGCUCAAAAAGAUUAAUCGGGAAACAUUCUGCGAAAAAUAAUUGAAAAGGACUUCAGAUUUUGCUGUCGGACUUCGUCAAGAAGACGACUGCUCUCAAAAACCAAUUUGGUGCCUUUAACGGUUUUUUCACACGAAAAUGACGUAAUCCUUGCAUUCGAAUACUCAUACGGUACACUUUUUAUCGUCUUUUAAUUUAAAUAACGGUUUGUUUUCAGUUGAUAAAGAUGUACGUUUUGACGACGAUGGAGCACUCUUGGGGAUUCAAAAUGACGUCAUUGAAAGGUUUAGAAACGAAACCGACGGAGUUUCUGCUACCGUAUCUUCGCCGGGACGCAACUUUUGA